AUGAAUCUGUUCUUUGGAAAAGCGAAGGCAAAGACUACUGCCAAAGAUGCCAUCUAUAAAUUGAGGGAGACAUUGGACAUGCUUGAGAAAAGACAAACCUUUCUUGAGUCAAAAGCAGAUAAUGAACUCAAGAUAGCCAAAGCUAACGCCACAAAGAAUAGACGAGUCGCUCUUAUGGCACUUAAGAAAAAGAAGGUGUUUGACGGCAACAUUGAGAAGAUCAACGGAGCACGAAUGACAAUCGAGACACAGAUGAUGGCCAUCGAGAAUGCCAAUGUCAAUCUUGAGACAAUGGGCGCCAUGCGCUCAGGUGCAGAGGCUAUGAAGAAUAUUCACGGGUCAAUGGAUAUUAACAAGGUGGAUGCCACAAUGGACGAUAUUCGUGAUCAGAUGGAUAUCGCAGACGAAAUCUCAGUAGCUAUCUCUCGACCAGUUGGUAUUGGCGAAGAUCUUGAUGAGGACGAGUUGCUGAACGAGCUGGAGGAGCUUGAACAAGAAGAGCUAGAUGCAAAGAUGCUAGAGACACCAUCACCAGCCGUUUAUACUCCAAAUGUGCCUAGACAUGAGCCAGGUAAUGGAAAGAUUGUGGGAUAUAUAACGGAUGAGUAUGCUAAUUGA